CAUUUAAGCCACUUGAGGUUAUUAACAGUAUGUCUCUGGAAAUGGUUAUUGAAGUAUCAGCGGUGUUGCUAAACGAGUAUAAUACUAUAGUGGUAUCGCUAUAUAGACCUAAUACAAAUAAUACACGGCAAUGUUUUAUGAUCUUCAUGGAAAGGUUGGCUUGCAUUCUUGAAUAUUUGAGUAAACACAAUUCUAAAAUAGUUUUCUGUGGAGAUUUUAAUGUUGAUUUCAAAAAAAGAGGUGACAUUGUUUCUGAAUUGAAAAAUACUUUUUUAUCUUAUGGAUUGAGUUAUUGUUUUGAGGGUAUUACUAGGCCUGGGAAAAAUUAUGACACGUGCAUAGAUAACAUUUUUACCAAUGUGGAAAAUCAUUUUUUGUCUUGUGAAAUAGUAAAAACUCUUGUUUCUGAUCACUGGGCUCUUCUUCUAGCAGUCAAAUGUAAAAAUGAAGGGAAAACUAAGAAAAAAACAAAUGCAGCAACAGUUGAACGUUUAGUGCGUAGCAUGAAUAACAAAAACAUUUAUGCUUAUGAGUGUCUACUGAGUGCUGUAGAUUGGUAUAAAAUUUAUCUGAAUAAUUCAUUGGACAUGAAGGUUGAUUACUUUCUCGAAAUUUUUUUAAAUGUAAUAAAUAAAGCUUUUCCGCUUAAAAGAGUUAGGGAUAAGACCACUUUGCCGAAACAAAAUAGAGUAUACAAUCCCGAGUUGAAUUGCUUAGAGGAUAAAUGUGACUGGCUUUAUGAUAUAUACUCAAGAACAGGUUCAUCUCAUGCUAAAGCGCUGCUUAAGAAAUAUAAGAAAUCUUUAAAAAAAUUGCUUGAAGAAACUAGGCGCAAAAAGAAUGACAACUUCAUAGAAUCUUCUAGCAAUAAGAGUAAAGCGAUAUGGAGUAUUAUAAAUAGUGAAUGUAAUAAAGAGGGUCAAAUCUUAGUAUCUGAUAGCAAAAUAGAUCCAUUUGAAUUUAAUAAUUUCUUUGUUGAUAAGAUCAAUGAAAUCGUAAAAAAUGUGUCUCAAAAAGUGAGGAGCCAGAACUCUACCAACUAUUUGUGUAGUAGCUUAAAACCAUCUUGUUCAUUUAAGUUCAGUUUAGUUAGUAAGGGUGAAGUUGAAAGCGCUAUCAAUACCAUGAAAGCAGGUAGAUGUGAGGUUGUUUAUGGAAUAAACACCUUGGUAGUGAAACUAGGAAUGAAUUAUUUGAGUGAUGUUUUGACUCAUAUUAUAAACAGUUGUAUAUUGAGCUCCAUCUUUCCAGAUGCACUUAAACGUAUAAAAGUGAUUCCCAUAUUCAAAAAAGGAUGCAAAUCUGAGUGCAAUAGUUUCAGACCUAUUUCAAUUGUUCCUAUUAUUUCCAAGGUGUUCGAAAAAGUAUUGAAUAAACAAAUAGUUCAGUAUUUUGAAGUCAAUCGUCUUUUUAGUGACUGCCAAUAUGGCUAUAGAGCAGGACUGGGUACUGUUAAAGCAACUGUUUCUCUCUUUAAUUUUCUUAUUGAGUCAUUGGAGAAGAAAAAUCCAACUGAAAUAAGACUAUUUGACCUCUCAAGAGCUUUUGACACGGUAUCUCAUGAAAUUCUUCUAUUUGAGCAAUAGGUUGCAAAAGGUAGCUUUCAAUGGUAAUGAGUCUAGUUAUUUGCCUGUUUCCUAUGGUGUGCCACAAGGCUCUAUUUUAGGCCCAAUUCUGUUUAUUAUUUAUGUAAAUGACAUGCCAAAAGUAAUUGGACCGUCAGCUAAAGGAUUCCUGUUUGCUGAUGAUCUUGCGAUUUGUGUUAGCACAAAGACCCUUUCAACUAACGACAGACCAAUAAAUGAGAUGAAUCUUAUGGUUGAGAACUGGUGUAAUGCGAACCUGUUGUGUCUAAAUUCAGAUAAAAUUCAAAAGCUCAGUGUUUCGUAUAGCAAUAGUUUACAUGAUGGUAGCCAAAGCAUGGUUAAUUUUCUUGGAUUUAUCAUAGACUCAAAAUUGAAGUGGAACAGUCAUAUUGAUAAAAUGGCGAAUAAGAUGAGUAAAGGACUUUUUAUGCUGAGAAAGUUGAGAAAAAUUGUGAACUUACAGGUCUUAAGAACUGUAUACUUUUCACAUUUUCACAGCCAUCUGUCCUAUGGUACUUUGAUUUGAGGCUCUCACAAAUAUAGUAGUAAAUUAUUCAGGUUGCAGAAGAAAGCUGUAAGAUUGAUUUGUGGUCUUCCUUACAGUGGUCACUGUAGAGAGAGUUUCAAAUCCAUUUGUAUUAUAACACUUCCCUCAUUAUAUAUUUAUCAAUGUUUAGUUUAUUUUAAGGAAAACCAUAGCUCAUAUGUUCAACAGGGUGUGUGUCAUAAAUAUAAUACCAGGGGGAAGAACAAUCUUGCUAUAAAUUUUUGCAAAAACUCUAGGUCACAAAAAACAUUUUACUACAUAGCUAUUAAGCUUUUCAAUGCUUUACCUGAGAGGAUGCAAAGUUUGCCAUUGAAUGUAUUUUCAAAAAUUAUCAAAAGAUUCCUAUUAAAGAAUGCGUUCUAUACAUUGGAAGAGUAUUAUGAAAGUGUGUGUUCCAUGAAUAUUUUCCAUGACAAUUCAUCAUAAUUGUACUGUAGUUACCUCCUGUAAUGUGUUUAAUGUAUUGAGACUGUUAUUGAUUGCUAUUUUGAUUUUCUUAUUAGUUAGUAGUGAGACUCUGUUGCUUGUAUGUUUAAUGUUUUUUGUUGAUAGUUCUAUUUAUUUUUCAUGUGUCUACUUUUGUUACCAUUUGACGUAGUAAUGCAUUUGAUGUUCUCUUUUGCUGCUACAAUAAAACAUUUAUUUAUUUA